UGCGUAAGAAUUCUCAAACAACUGGAAGGGUUCUGUCUUCGUAUUAUAUGCUGUAUUGUGUGCUUUGGAGGUGUGGUAGCGCCAUUGUGGUUGUUUAGAUUUGUAGGGGAAGAGAGGUGCGGCUUGUGGUAUCCGUGCUGGGGAAGGCUGCUAUAUUUACUGUGUCCUGAACUAACCUACUCUUUGGACUACACUACAGGUAAGUCGCCACCACAACCAAGAUUUCAGGUACAAGCUGGUACACCAGAUCAGGCAGCAGAAUUGCGAAACUUAAUACUUCCGGCUGAACAGUCCAUUAAUGUCUGAAGCAGUUGUGGAGCAGCCUCGAUGUUACAGGAAACACAAUGUGGGAUUAAAUGGAGUGCUGUCAAACCCUGUACAACCUGUAACUCAUUCAGAGUGUACUUCAGAUCAGUUGGAGAACCACACUAAUAACAUUGCAAUGGAAGACCCUACAAGUGCAACUGAACCUACAGCACAUAGUCUCAGAAGUACAACAGCGCGGUCUCGCAGAUGGGAUGCAUUGCACAUUCCUGGUGAUGGGACAAACACGGCACUUGAACUAAUGCCAAGAGGAGUCACACAGCGUACCCGUAGCAGGGUGUCACGACCACCACAUGGACAAGGCUUCAGUGCCAGUUCUGAUGAAAGAAUUGGUAGGGAGGUUGUUGUUUUGCAAAAGUGUGAUGAACAGCAGAGUUCACAACAACAAAGAUCUGACAGAGAUACAGUUAUACCACAACCAUCUGUUGGAGGGACAAGUAUGUCUCCCAUUCAUCAUGGAGAAGUGAGAGCCACUUGCAGUCAAGCUAUGGAUGUGAAUGUCUCUCACAGUCGUCGUACAGUGCCAAGUGAUAGGCAGGGACGUAGUGUGACAAGAGAUGUUCCGUACACUCGUGUUCGUGUAGCAAGUUCUCCUCGCAGCCAUGCGAGAGAGACAAAUGACACUCAUAGCCACAGUAGGGAGGGGAAUGCAUCUGCACCUCGUGGCAGAGAGGCGAAUGGUCCAACCAGGAAUGGCAGAGAAACGAGUGUCACAGAGGAACAUGGUGAGGUGGCUGGUGGUCGUCAACCUUGCCCAAGACUCAGGCACCGGAGUCAUGUGAGGGAGACUAAUGCUACUCAGAGCCAAGAUAGGGAGGCAAGUGCCCCUGUAGCUCAUGGCAGAGAGGCAGACAGCCCAACCAGAAAUGGCAGAGAAAUGAGUGUUGCAGAUGAACAUGGCGAGGCAGCUGCUAGUCACCAACCUUGCCCUAGGCUCAGACGUCGUGCUUUGCCAGACCGAGGUAUCAGAAGAAACAGUACAAAUCAAGAAAGGGAACCUUAUUCACUUAGACCAAGAGGUGAGCGACCAAAUUACAGUGUAGCUGCUGGUCAUCGUAGAAGAACUCAACCAAAUUGGCGGACACAAUUGAGAACACAGAUGAGGCAGUACAUGGAUGAAAUUUUUGCUGCCUAUGUGAAUGCAAUGUUAUUUGGAAAUCAGAAACGUGAGGUCAAGGAUCUUCCAGAAGUUGCAAUAAAUGAGGAGCAAGUUAACUCAGGUCUGAAAUGUUCAGUGUGCUUGUUAGAUUUUGUACUGGAUGAAAUAGUACAUAAGCUGCCUUGUGACCAUUUAUACCACAAAAAUUGUAUAAUACCAUGGCUUGAGCAGAAUGAUAACUGCCCAAUGUGCAGAAGGCCUGUUGAUGAUGAUGAUGACGAUGAUGAUAUUGAUAUUCUUCCGGAUGAUGACGACGAUGACGAUGAUGAUCCAGGUAACCAAAGGGCUCGUUUCCGAAUAGUUGUUGGAGAUGCAGAUGUCACUGUUAUCGCUCAUGACAGUGCUAAUGAAUCUUCAGCCUCUGACACUGAUUUCGAAGUAUUUAUGAAUUCUGAUGAGUACUGAAGCUACUGAAUGGGCUCGUUUCCGAAUAGUUGUUGGAGAUGCAGAUGUCACUGUUAUCGCUCAUGACAGUGCUAAUGAAUCUUCAGCCUCUGACACUGGUUUCGAAGUAUUUAUGAAUUCUGAUGAGUACUGAAGCUACUGAAUAUUACGACUGAUUUAUCCAUUUGAAGAUUUGGGACACAUUUUUGUGUACUCAGUAUGGGAAUGUAUUUUCAUCAAUUCCCAUUACAUACUAUCAAAUAUAUAGACUGAAUGUUUCCAGAAUCAUUUUCAGACACUCUACUUACAACUGUGUUACAGUGCAAAAAGUUUUACAAACAGUAGUUUUUAACAGCAGCUGUGAUUGGAUGCUGUCUGAAUGAGAGGGAGGUCCUAGCACUCUUUCAACAUACCGCGUAGACCAACGCUUCAGUAGUGUACAAUUAGUGAUUUUCUCCCUUUACUGUCCCCAAAUACAUCCACACCAAGAAUAACUUUUUGUGACUUGUUUGAAUGGCUCUUCUGUAAUGCAUAUGGAGGGGGGGGGGGGGGGCUGAAAGCAGUUGUGCUGGGAAACUACUUGUAUAGUGUUUGUGAUUAUUAAAAGAUAUUUAAACGUAGUGAAUAUUAAAUGGUAAACACACUAUUGGUUCCAUAAAUCAUAACUUAAAUGUCUGUUUAUUGUUACAAUGUCUACUGUGUCUAUAGCCUCAUACUCUCAACAAAGUAUCAUAAACUGAUUAUAUAUUUAUUUAUUGUACAAAUAGUAACUGAGAUUUUUAUGUUAUAUGCAUUGUUUUUACUUUAUCGGCCUAUUGAUAUCUGAGAAAAGUAUCCUACUUGGAGUUUGUUUCAAUGAACUGUAGCUGAAAUACAGUUGUACAUUUCA